AUGUCUAAAUUAUAUAUGGAUACUUCCAAAGUAUUGGAGAAACUCGAAGAAACAAAGUUAGGUAUCAGAUCAAUAAUAUAUUCGAAGGAAUUUAAAACAUGUAAUUUGAAGAAGAUUACAGCCUUAUUAUAUGGUAUCUUAGAAAAAAAAAAUAUAAUACUUGAUAUCUUGUAUAAAAGUAACCUAUUAGAUUUCAAAAGAAAUAAAUAUUUUAUUAAGAAGAAUUCUAAAAUAACAAAUAAAUGGUUAUUAGUUGUUAUGACAUAUGACUUAUUAUAUGGUAUAAAGAAAUUACAAGGAGGAGGAACUAUUACUAGAUUACUUCGUAUUAACGAAAAAAAGAUUCGUAAUAUAUUAGAGACUGAUUAUCCUGAAUCAUUAAUAAAUAAAUAUGAAGAAUUACCAAGAUAUUUACGUAUCAAUACAAGUAUAACUAAUUCAAAUACAGUAUUAAAUACUAUAAAGUUACAAAUAAAAAAUAAUUUAACUGAUAUUAAAAUAAAUGAAGUAAAUAAAUUAAUAUGGAUAGAUAAAGAAAUACCAAAUAUAAUAGUUUGUAAUCCAAAUAUAGCAAAGAAAUUGGAAUUAGAUCGUAUACCAAGUAAAAAUGAGUUGAUAAAUAGGUGUCAUGUUACAUUACAAGAUAAAGGAAGUUGUAUAUCUGUUAUUGCAUCAGGUAUUAAGUCAGGUGAUAUAAUAAUAGAUGCUUGUUCAGCUCCAGGGAGUAAAACUAUUCAAAUUAUAGAUACUUUAUAUAAAAAUGGAUAUUUAGUUUCAUUUGAUCAUAAUUUUUCGCGUAUAAAGACAAUGAUAUCUAGAAUUUAUGAAAUACCUUAUUUAUCUGGUCCUUAUUUACAUAUAUCAGAAAAUAAUUUUAGGUUAAUAAAUAUAUCUUCAUUAGAUAAAGAUAGUUUAGAAAAAGGAUGUUUAUUUUUUUCUAAAGAUGAAAUAUUUAUAGAUGGGGAUGAGAUCAAUAUUAAUAUAAAAAAACAACCUAGAAUGGUUAUAUAUAUUGUAUUAAAGAAUUUUUUAGAUAUUCAAUAUAUUAAAAAAAAUUUGAAUAUAGCUUGGUAUAACUAUUUAUGGUGCGUAUGUAGAGCUAAAUUUAUUAUACUCGAUCCUUCAUGUAGUGGAAGUGGUUUACCUUUACAUAAAGACAUAAUACAAAAAGAUAUUUCUCAUAGAUUAUUAAAAUUAACAACUUUUCAAAAAAAAAUAUUAUUACAUGCUAUAAAUAAUUUUAUUAAUGUAAAUACAAUAUGUUAUUCAACUUGUUCAAUUUAUAAAGAAGAGAAUGAAGAUGUUGUAAUAUAUGCAUUAAAUAAUAGUAAAGAUUCUUUUAAAUUAGUUAAUGGAAUUGAUUGGUGGGAGAAAAAAGAUUUAGAUUUAAAAUGUGAAAAUAUGCAAGAUAUUUGUGAUUUAUUUUUACAAUGUAAAAUUUAUUGUAUUAGGAUGGAUCCUAAAAUUCAUAAAUGUCGUGGAUUUUUUUUAGCCAAGUUAUUAAGAAAAAAUUCCAACAAAUAA